CACAGAAGAGGGUGGUUGCACGUCUGGGUACUUUAAGGCAUUCAAUUGUUAACUCGGUGUGGUUACAGUCUAACCUGUGGGGAGGGAGUUGCCAUGGAAACCCAGCUCACUGGGGUGUGGAAAAGACGAUAACAAAAAGAGAGAGACAUUUAUACUUGUUUGACCACAGAAAACGUAGGUGACAAUAAUUAAUCCUCCAGUAGUAUAUCAACAUGCCCUGGAAGAGAGUGUUUCGGGGCAGACUGGGGUGACUGGGUGUGAACAGGACAGACAGACUGACAGACUGGCAGGCAGAGGGACUCGAGGACACCCCACAAUCUGUGGCCAACAGACUUUCCUGGCACAGUCCUUCUGUUUCCUGUUACUGACUAACUGAAGGGUCUACAAAUACCCAGGGACUGAGAGGUGUUCAUCAGGUGAGUCUGGGUAAGUACAGAAACAGCGCAGCGUGGUCGGACAUGAACAAAACUUUGCACAUGGAGCCACAGACGAACUCAGCUAUGCAGCAAUUCUCUCAGCGUUGUGGGAGCCCACAAUUAAAACAGCUGUCUGCUUUAUCUGGAGGACACAAAAGGAGCCCAUGAAACACCCGACAGUCCUGCUUUUGGAUGAAAUAAUAAUUUGUGUUAGAAGACCUUUCAGUUUUCAAAGGUUUCAAGACAUAAGAGCCAGAAGUGUUAUUGACCCUAAAAAACUGGACCGUUCUGAGACCUUGACUCUAUCAUGCAUGGCCACUGGGAAAAUCAUAUAACCACUGGGGGAACCAGUUCAAGAGCAAAUUCAUUCCUGGAUUAACAAGGGAAUUUCAGGGUUAAUUACAGAAACUCUGCUCAGGACCAGGUGGUUUCUGGAUUAUGGGCACCAGCAGUACCAGACCCAAGCCGGUGCAGGUGGCUCCAUCCCAGAGCCCUUCUGAGCAGAGAGCGAGCCAUGUGCGGCUGGAAAAGAGACAACCCUGCACACACUGGACGAUGGAACCACUGCACAGUGACCAGGAGCAGCAAGGGACUCUGGGAAGGAGAAGGACAACACAGCUGCCUCCCCUGAGACAGGAAAUGACUUAUAGCUUCGCCCCUCGCUCUGCAGGCCUCCAGUCUCCUGGCACCAGUGUGGGCGGCAGCAUCAUUAAGUCCCACCCUCCUCAGAGGCCACAGGGACUGCAGCCACUGGCCCUGCCCAUCGCUGGAUUUCUCUUCGAGGAAGUGGCCAAUCACACGGCCCUGGGCACACUACCAAAAGGUGGGGACUCUCUCCGCUCCCCCAUCCACAGGCAGAGGGAGUGCUCUGGCAAGGCUGGCCCACUGCAGGGGGGAGUUCUGGAGGCCCAGGCGGCUCUCAGUCGUCAGUCUCACGAGCAGCGCCGAGCACAGAGACGCCUGGUCCGAGAGAUCCUGGAGCAGAGGGGCAACAGGGGGCACAGAGGGACAGUCUGCAUGGCCAGCGACAGAGGAGAGCUGGAAGGGAAAGGGAAGCGUAACGUACGUCUGGUCAAGAGGCCCGCUGAAAGAGACAUCUUCUGGGACUCGUCCAGUGGAGAGGGCCUGGACCUGGUGGAGGCUAGUCCUGGACUACAGGAGUGGGAGUUGGCUGAGAGUCCCAGGACCACUCAGCACCGCUCCAGCAGCCCGGGGUCAGUCUGGGAGGAACAGGGGCAGGACAGCUCCCGUUCCGACGGGGAGCAAGGUGGGCUCCAGGCAAUCAGGACACAGCACCGCAGACAGGGAGAGGUUCCAGAAACCUGCACCAGGCAGUCCAGACAGGGAGCAGACAAAACAAAGACCUGGAUGCUGGGAGGGGAAGGAGAUCUGCGCAGCCGACUGAGCGCCAGCAGGCUGGCCAGGGGGCGGGGAGACGAGGCCUGCUGGGAGGUGAGUGCUGGCCUGACAGGAUCUGCCAGAGAGAAAGACGAGAAUCCCUGCUGGAGGCCUGAGGAGGAGGACUGGGCCUGCAGGGCCCUGAGCAGACGAAGGCAGAAGAUCGCAGGCAGACUGACCAGAAUCAGGCCUGAACUUAACCCCUCGUUCCAAGACCAGCUAGACCUUGACUUUUAGGCCCAUUGUGGUGCGGGGGUGGAGGGGGGGAGGGGUAUAUCUACAUUAAAAAAAGUUGCUGGUGCUCAAUUACCAGAAAGACGAAGCUGGAGUUCAGAAGGCUGCAAUGUGUCAACCAUGAUCCUGAGUGUGGGUGGCAGAUAGGGAGAGAGGAGAUAUUUGUGCUCCCAGUGUUCUUUCUGCUGUGAAGAGCCCAGUUCAGCACGGAUCUUUCCGUGAGGCCCAGAGGACAGCAUUCAUUCUGGAAAAUGCUGAGCUUUUCAUUAAACCUGCAUUUCACAGACUAAAGGACAGGAAUUUGGUACAACUUGACUACAAUUUAAAAUGCAGUGCACAUCCCUAGACACUAGUCUAGAUUUUCAUGAGAAACUAAUACAGCAUAGAUAAGUGUUUUGAGACAUUUUUUAGGGAAGGAGAGCCACAAGAAAUCUGUACUGGACUUUGCACAGCAAUGUUUUGUUAAUUAUAUUAAACCACUAGAGCAUUUUUAGCAUUUUUAUUUUUAAGAAGACAAAUUUUCUAAAGUGAAAAUGCAUAAAUGUGUUACAUGUAUAUGUAUAUGCAACUUCAGUCCUGUUUAUGGUAGAACUGCAUGAUCUUUAACUAAAUUAUUGCAUUGCUCUUGCUCUACAGAAAGAAAACUGUUUUGAAAGUUUUUAAUCCUGAUGUUUAAGCUAUUUGGUUAUAUCACCCUGGAAAGACCUACUCUACUUUUCCUUCUACGCAUUUCUAAAUAGUAAAAUCUUUAUUUCUUUAAAUGUGAAGGAAGUGCUAAUUAACGAGGUGUUGGUUUAUUCUCUGUGAAUUACACAGCAAACAGGAAAAUAAAACCCUU